AUGGCGACGAGUUCACUCACAGUGCUACAAGCUUCAGGUGUUCCUGAAUUCAACGACAACAUCAACUGGCAAGUGUGGAAAGAACAGUUAGAAAUUCAUUUUGGUGAAAUAAAAUGCGAAGAUGACAGCGGAAAAAAGACAACAUUGUUGAAGUCCAUUGGUUCCCAAACGUACUCAGUUUUACGCAGCAUAUGUGACCCUGAUUUGCCGGUUAGUAAGACAUUUGACGAAUUGUGCAAAAUUUUAGACGACCAUUUUACUCCACCAACGAUUAUUUUUCGGGAGAGAAAAUCAUUUCACUCAGCUGCUAAAAAAGAUGAAGAAACCAUUAGUCAAUGGUACGCAAGAGUAAAGAAGUUGGCACUGCAAUGCAAAUUUGGAUCACAUCUAGAUGCAAUGGUUUUAGAUCAGUUUGUGAUUGGUCUACCAACAAAGCUGUUUGAAAAAUUAUGUGAAGAGGAUGAGACGAUUACAAUUGAACAUGCUCUUAGAAAGGCGCUCAUAAUGGAAUCGAAACUGGCUAGUGAUUCUUCAUGUGACAAUAAUAUCAAUUUUGUAAAACACAGAAGCAACAACAAGAAGAACAGACCUAACGGUAAUAACAAGUUUGGUUACAAAAAUGAUUAUGGAGAAGGGCGCAGAAUGAGCAAACACAGCGGUGGCGGCAGAGACGGAUUUGGCAACGGUGGCAGAGAGAAUGCUAGCAGCAGAGACAGCAAUAUCAGUGAUGGCAAAAAGAGAGCUGCGUGUGACACUGGCGCUCCAUGCGUUUUAAUUCCACAUUCGUUUUAUCGACAGAAUUACGGUAACAGGCCUUUAGAAAAAUGUUCAAUUCCCUAUGUUAAUUAUAGUGGAGACAAAAUUCCAAUUAUUGGUGAGUACGUGGCUGAAAUUCAAUAUAAAAGUAUAACCAAAAGAAUAAAAGUUGUGGUGACAGCAACUAAUAGCCCUCCCCUUCUGGGUCGCUCAUUUUUAAGAGCUUUUGAAUUUGAUUUGGUUCCUAAGAAUAUGAUAAAACACGAAGUGUGUGCUAUUCAAAACAAUAAUUUGAGUUUAAUGAUCGAUCAGAUUAAGAAUGAGUUUAGUCAAGUUUUUAGUGAUGGCCUUGGCACCUAUAAGGGAGAGCCAAUCUCAUUAGACUUAGCUGAAAAUGCUAAACCUAUAUUUUUUAAACCGAGACCAAUUCCUUUUGCGUGGAAGUCUAGGGUUGAAGAGAAGCUUCAUGCCAUGGUGAAAGAUGGAAUUUUGGAGCAGGUAAAUAAUUCGGCAUGGGGCACAGCCCUUGUUCCUGUUUUAAAGCCAAAUGGUGACUUCCGUAUUUGCGGGGAUUACAAAGUAACCCUUAAUAAAUUUUUGUCUGAUUUCAAAUACCCUUUGCAGCGCAUAGAUGAGAUUUUCACCGCAUUACAAGGUGGUAGUAUGUAUACGAAGUUGGAUUUGUCCAACGCAUAUAAUCAGCUCGUUUUGGAUGAGGAGUCCCAAAUGCUUUGUGCUGUUAGUACACAUAUAGGUGUAUUCAAAGUGAUGAGAUUGCCAUUCGGGGUUAAGGUAGCUUCGGCUAUAUUCCAGAAAACAAUCGAUAAUUUGUUAGGGGGCAUACCCAAUGUUGUUGUGUACCAAGAUGACAUUACUGUUACUGGAAAGGAUUUUUCGUCUCAUAUGCAUAACCUUAAGUCGGUUUUAAGAAAACUUUCAGAAUCGGGUUUGCGAGUUAAUUACUCUAAAUGUAAAUUUUUUCAACAAGAGAUUAAUUACCUAGGUUUUUGCAUAAGCAGUUCUGGUUUGAGAAGGAAUACUGAUCGCGUCAGUAGCAUUAUUAAUGCACCUGUGCCUAAUGACAUAUCUGAGCUUCGAGCUUUUAUUGGGCUAUCUAAUUAUUAUUCACGUUUUGUUCAGGACUAUUCUGAAAAGAUGGAACCGCUUUAUAGUCUACUUCGAAAAGACACUAGAUUUGUAUGGAGUGAUGACUGUCAAAGGGCCUACGAUCUUAUGAAAAGAGAAAUAACUUCGGAUUCGGUUUUGACACAUUUCAACCCUUCAUUUGAAAUAAUUUUGACAACGGAUGCGUCAUCUAAUGCAGUGUCUGGUAUUCUAUCACACAUAAUUGACAUUUCUCUUAGGCCCAUAGCAUUUGUUUCUAUGUCAUUAUCGAAGUCUGAGAAGGGCUAUAGUACAUUGGAAAAAGAGGCAUUGGGAAUAAUAUUUUCUGUUUGCAAGUUAAGGCAGUAUUUGUUAGGCAACAAGUUUACUCUUAGAACAGACCAUAGACCUCUAACCACGAUUUUCGGAGAGAAUAAGAGUUUGCCAAUGAUGGCAUCUGCUCGUAUACAGAGAUGGGCGGUUAUUCUCUCGGCUUUUAAUUACUCUAUUGAAUAUGUGAAGGGUACACAGAAUGAAGCAGAUGGUUUGUCCCGUAUACCUCAGUUUUCAGGCACUAGUGAGACGAAUGGGUGUAAUUUCAUAAAUUUAAUUGAGACCUGGAACGAAAUGGAAUUGAAUUUCAAAGACAUUGCUCGCGAGACAGGAAGAGACCCGAUUUUGUCUAUGGUAAGAGAGGCUGUACUAAAUGGAACCUUAAAUAAUUUAGAUGAGAAUGAAUAUACCCAUUAUAGGAGUAAAUUGAAUGAGCUUCAUGUUGAGUAUGAAUGUGUUUUAUGGGGACACAGAGUUGUUAUUCCCAACAAAGUUCAGUCUCAUGUACUAAAUCUUUUACAUAGAUCUCAUCUUGGCAUUGUAAAGACCAAAGGUUUGGCACGGUCCUACGUAUGGUGGCCGGGUAUAGAUAAAGAGAUAGAAAGGCUUCUAGGGUCUUGCAAAUUUUGCCAAGAGUCGUUAUCCUCACCUGAGCGUAGUUUACUUAUACCAUGGCAACCGACGGAUCAUGUCUGGAGCCGCAUACAUCUAGAUUAUGCGGGACCUAUUAAUGGAUAUUAUAUACUAAUAAUUAUUGAUUCUUAUUCAAAAUUCGUUGAAGUUUUUCCAACGAAAAGUAUAACAAGCCAUUUUACAGAAACGAAAAUAAGGGAAUUGUUUUGUCGAUAUGGUCUCGUUGAUAUUGUUGUGACAGACAAUGGUCGACAAUUUACAUGUGAGACAUUUAGAGAGUUUUUGAAAGUUAAUGGAGUUAGGCAUGUAUUGACGCCACCAGGUCAUCCCGCGACCAACGGCCAGGCCGAAAUUACGGUUAAGACGAUAAAGAAAUCUUUAAUUGCUACUCUGAAGAGCAAUCCAAGACUCGAAUUUGAGACGGUAUUAAAUAGAUGUCUAAUAGACUACCGAAAUUCGAAACAUUCGACGACAGGCGAAUCACCUGCCAAACUUUUCUUCGGUCGAUCAUUAAGAACAAGACUUAGCUUACUUAAGCCACCAACAACUAAAGAAAUAAUUCUGGCGAAUCAGCAGAAAACAGUACUCAAUGAUAAAGGUACUCGAGAUAAACAUUUCUCUAAAGGGCAAAGCGUAAUUAUUCGGGACUACAGAGAUCCCAAUAAACCUACUUGGGCCCCAGCUAAAAUAAAAUCUCAAAUAGGUCCUCGAUCUUACUCAUGUAUAUUUACUCAUAACGAUAGAGAAAUAAAACGCCACCUUGAUCAAAUCAGAGGUCUACCUUCAAAUGAAAAUACGGAAUCGCAUAAUUAUAACAGCAGCGACGAAAAUAUUAAAAACCAUGAACAUCUAACAACAGCAACAACACAAGCAACGAAUAGAGAUUUAAGACCUCGUAAAGAGGGAAAGGUGGUAAAACCAUAUAAUCAACAAAAAUAA